AUGCCACCAAAGAAUAUGACUCCGUAUCAAUUCUCACGGGGAUUAACAUAUGAUGCUCCGGUACCAUCUUUUUUACGAGGUUUAACUCAACCGGACAAAGAAACAAAUCUUAAACAAGAAGACGAUGAUAAUGAAUCAUCGGAUGAAUUUGAUGAAAUAAAUGCAAAUAGAGAGGAAGAAAGACCACAAAUUGUUGUUUUAAAAGAAGGAAAACAUUUAAAUGAACAAGAAGUGAAGAAAAUUUUGGAAUCAAAGGAGAAAGACAAAAAACAAGAAUCUUUAUCAGAAGAAGAGGAAAUUCAAGAAGAUUCACCAGCUAUUGAUGAGAAAACGGGAAAACUUCUUUUUCAUACAGUAGUUGGCUCAUCAAAGGUUAAAACUAGUAAAUCUGACACUUCUAUAAAAGCU